GAGCACCAUUUUGCAAAUAGAGGCUUUGUCUGAAAGCAUCAACAACCUCACACAGGGCAGCGGACACGACAGACCGACAGGUAGUGGAACUUCAGGAAAACACAGACCCAUCCUGUGCAUCAGGGAGACGACCCUCUGAUCUCCUUCCCUCCGUCGUCUCUCCGCCAUGGGCCAGAGCAUCAGCAUUCCCACUGCUAACCCCUUCCAGAGCUCCAGCUUCUUCUCCUCCUCUUCUUCUAAACGUGGCCCGGGCUUUUUCACCAAGCUGCAAAUCCCAGUGGCCAAGCCCAAAGACUUCCCGGCUCUGAUCGGCAGCUGCAUGUCCGCGGCCUCCGCCAGAACGCAGGAGUUCCUCACCUUCAGCGACCCGGAGGGCAAGUUCUGCCCGAGUCCCCAGGUCCUGAACCAGGUCUUCCUGGCGACCUACAUAGCCCGGAGCGUCGGCCUGGACAUCACGGACACCUUCAACUGCACCACCAUGACCCCCGAGCAGCGCAUCCUGCUGGGCGCCGACUGGGUUUGGGCCCUGCUGGAGAAGCCCACCAAGAACCCCAGGGUCCAGAUCGCCGUGCGGGUCCUGCACCUCCCCGAGAUGGGGGCCGGCCCCCCGGAGUCGGGCAGCGAGUCCAUCCAGAUGGCCCAGAUGGAGUCCAGCAGCAGGAGCGUGUGCGAGAGGAUGGUGGAGUUCUGCACCUCCAUCGGCAAGGACUGCUACGCCCUCUUCCUGUUCUUCGGGAAAAGGGACGACAGGGAGAACAUCUACGGCGUCCUCAGCAACAACUUCGGGGCGGCCGUGGGGAAAUGCAGCCAGAUAGACAGAGCUCUGAUCGAGAACUUCCUAAAAGGGGCCAAGACUUUCGAAACCCCGUCAGGAAUGAUGCAGGCAAUUGUGGCCAAGAAAAAAGGCGACCCGCUAACUCUGGUAGUUAAAUUUAGCUGACAAACGCACAUAGUAGCAGAGGUUUAACCAGUCCAGACAAAUCUGUACACAAAGGAUGAAUAUACAUUUAUCAUAACUGCUAAAUCCCAAAAUGUUGGGGCAGCAGAAAUUUUUAUACCAUCGAUUUAUACUUAAAAAAAGAAAAUCAAAUAAAACCUGAAAUAUGAAUUGGUCACCA